GGCGGUGUGGCUGGGGAUGGGGGUAAGGGGGGGUAGCUGUUGUAUGGAGGCAGGGACGAGGGGCACAUAGAUCAGGGUUGACUUAUGGAGUAGUGAAGCUCCCCGGAACACAACCCGGAUAUGUGUGCAUUUAAUUGGAUAGUGCUGUAGCUAAUUCCGGGUCAGGGGGCAGCUGGGAGGGCUUACGUGGGAAUUGCGGGUCUCAGAUGGGGCCACACACGCGCACGCACACACACACACACACACACACACACACACACACACACACACACACACACACACACACACACACACACACACACACACACACACACACACACACACACACACACACACACACACACACACACACACACACACACACACACACACACACGGUAGGGAAACAUGGCGUGCCAGUUGCGUGGAGUUUAUCAUGAUUUGGUUGGAUUUGUUAGUUUGUUUCUUCCGCUUCCCCUUUCUCUUUUUCACUGCUGCUGGUGGUGAUGGUGGUGGUGGUGGUGCUUCCUCUUCCUCUUCUCCUCCCUCUCCCUCGCACACCAUCACCCUCGCCUGUACCCAUUCACCCCUCCAUCAGUCUCUCCUCUCACAAAGACCUUUUCUUUUAUGCACGACGCCCUUUCAAGACUACCUAUUUCAUUUCCCCUUCCUUGCUACGUGGCGUCUCUUCCCACACCGCUGUUUCCUUCUCUCCUACGCUCCUGCACUCCGCUCCCCUCUGACACCUCCCUCGUUUAGUGCAAAAUAGGCCCUUAAUUCCUCCACCUGUUGUUUUCAUGAUUGCUUUUAACGUCUCCCUGAAGGCCUACUACUCUUCCUACACCCUCGCGCCCUGCUCCUCUCCAGCCAUGCGCCCAGCUCUUCCCCGCCAUGCAAAGUGAACAAAGACGCAUCGAUCCCGUAGAUGUAAACACACGGUGGAUUCUCCUGGUUCCCGCUACACCUUGCCAGCUUCACCACGCUCCCAGGGCUUCGUGUGGCCCCUGCUGGCCUCCUCCUCAGCACUAAUGGCGGCGUUAAUGUGUGUCUGGCGAUGGUAAACACAGCAGAGGACGAGAAGUAGCACCGUCUGGCUCGCGGGAUGGGAUUUCCAACGUGGCCGGGAUGGUGCGGAAGUUCUGGGAAGAUGGCAUGAGAGAAUAUGAGAAGACAACGCAGAAGCGAGAGUGUUGGUCCCUCCCCCGCCCCGUGCUGCAGUGAAUCCUUCCGUGUGACGCUAAGGAGGAUAACCAAGGUGUGCUGUGCGUGCGUGUGAGGAACAGAGGGCGAGACCAUAGUGGCAAGACACCCGUGAGUGGCCGCAAGACCGUGUGCUGUGUUUAUCGUUGUCGCUGGUAGGAUGACGAUGGGAGGGGAGCACACCACACACGGCUCCGUCAGCCGGGAUGCCCAGCAGUGGGUGGCUGACGGCGCUCACUAGACACUUCGCCCGCGCGCCGGAACUCUCCCCUGCCCACGCCACGCACUGCGGCCCGGCGGGAGGGAACGGCGUCUCCACCGUCUCCACACACCUGCCCGCGGAGGAUGGCACCCCUGUCGCCCGCAGCACGCUCACUCGCCCCACCACGCCCUGGAGCCUCGACACCCUGGACGAAGAGAUACAGAGGACAGAACAAGAGCAGGAGGGGAGUGGGGCUGCUGGACGCCGCUCCAGCCCAACCUCGCCGCCCAAGGACGCCACUCAGUCCACGCCCAUCACCCACUACCACUACCACGCCCACCCAGGCGAGAGUGACGUGCGGGACCUGAGCCUGAUGGAGGAGGCCGCCCCCCAUCUCCCCCGCCCUGCCUCGGCACCCCGAGCAUGCCGCCCCCCCUCCGCCACUUCCCGCCCGCCUUCUGUUGCCUCCCGCCACUCCACCCCGGUCCACCCGACCCAGCAGGGCCACGCCUCCCCUCCCUCGGAUCCCUCCGCCGUGCAGCUUCCAGCUCAGGUCGAGGAUCCACAAGAAUGGGCGGGCGAGGACGGGACGGAGGGACGCGGCCACUACUACAUCCCGCCCGUCAUCCCGCCGCUGUUUGACCGCCCGCUGGUCGCCCCGACGCCCGCCUCCACACGCUGCAACACGCCCGUAUGGGACCUGGACGGAGAGAAGAGGGUGCGCUUCCUGGAACCCGAGGUGGUGGCCCAAGAGGCGCCCUCCCGUCCCGACAGCGUCUCCUCGCAGUACUCCCACAUCGUGAAGAACUCUACCCGCUAUGCCUUCCAGCCGUCCCAGCCGCUGACGGCCGAGCAGGGACCCCACAACCCUCGCUUCUGCAACUGCCCCUGCCACUUCCUCCCCAUCGGCCGGCGGAGUGUGGGCGUGCAGGUGAAGCGGACAGACCCUGAACCUCCACGCCCACGCCAUUACCGCCUCUACUUCACGCCCACCACCCGCGGCCUGCAGCAGGGCAACAUAGGAACUAGAUCCCUUGCCCUCGCCUCCCGCGCCCUCUUCUCACAGGUGGGUCUGGUAGUGGUGGUAGUGGCGUGGUGGGUGGCAGGGGCGGUCGUGUUCUCCCGUGUGGAGGGCGCCGCCGAGCACGAGACCGUCAGCAAGAUGGCCGAGCUGCGGACCGACCUGGUGCUGGGACUGGCCACGGAGCUGCGCCAGGUGUUGCCGUAUGACGUGGUGUGGCGCACCAAGAUCGAGACCUACAUGGGCAAGAUGGAGGCCGCGGUGCUGGACGCGGCGCGAGCUGGGUACGCCUCCCGGGCCCCCACCUGGACCAUGGCGGGGGCAUUGCUCUACUCCGCUUCCCUCACCACCCUCGUAGGUCCUGGAGGCAUGACGCUGCGGACAGGCUUUAGCAGAGUCUUCGCGGUACUCUUCUCCUUGGUGGGCGCCCCCCUCGUGCUCCUGCUGGCCAUCAGCGGCGCGUUCACUGUUCGUGAAGGCGUGGGAAAGGCAUGGGCGUGGCGGUGCGGGCGUGGACGGCAAGGCAAGGUUGGCGAGAGUGCUGUGGUAGAAGGCCGGACUGGGCAGUACGGGGGCGGUGCGGCGCCAGAGGGCGAGGCAGCCAUCAGACCUGCCAGUUCCUCCAGCUCCGCCCGAUCCACGCCCAACGGCCCGGGGGAGCUGGCGUCGCGUGUCUCUGACAAACAUAAGUCAGAGAUGCACCAGGCCUCCCGAGUGCCCGCCCUCGACUCCACCCUUAGGUCCAGCAGUCUCUCCACGCCUCGGGACAGCGACCAGAGCAGCAGCGGUUCGCCGCCCGCGCAGGACACACCUCAGUACGCAUCAGCAGGUGGCGAGCAGUCCUUCGUCGGCGUGAAUCCUGCCCUUCAGAGGCGAAUAGCCAUGGGUCCUCGCCGCCAGAUCCCGCCUCGGCGAGGCCAGAGCCCCGUGCCCUGGGCUGUGUACCUGGGCCUGGUGGUGGCCUACAUCGUGCUGGGCCUGGUGGUGUUCGCGCCCAUCCAGCGGUGGUCGCUGCCUUCCUCGGUGUACAUCGUGGUCAGCACACUGCUCACUCUUGACCACGACGGCCUGGGAGAGCGGCAUCUGGUGGGCAGUAGCAAGGUGGUGGUGCCCUACGUGCUGUACAUGCUGGUGGGCCUGGUGCUGGUGGCCGCGCUUGUCAUCAGCGUGUGGUCCUCCCUGUGUGCCUCGCUGGUCACCACCGGCAAGUACCUGGCAGUGGUCAGGCCCACGCCCAGAUAACACCACUCGUCACCCCGCGCAUGGUUUUGUUACUGGGUUUGUACUGAUUUUUACAGGGCGGCGGCGGCGGGGUGAUGGGGAGGCUGCCCGCGCCCGACGCAACCACCAGGAAAGAUUGUAACUGUCCUGGCCAAAUAUUUCCAUAUAAAAUAACUCGAGACU